AUGGGCUGGUUUGGAAAGAGAGAGGACGAUCAGAACAAUGUUCCGCUGUCGCAGUGCAACCCUGUGAUUGUGAAUCAGACGCAUCAGAGCGUCGUUUUGUUUUUGGACCGUGGCGUCCUCUACAACAAGCAAGUGUUGGCUCCCGGAGAAGCCGUUGCAAUGCCUCGUUCCACCAAUACCGGUGUACCAUCCGUGGUGCCCUACAAGAUUCAUGCCGUGGUGGGAGACGAAAAGAGUCUUCCCACGCGUCGCCAAUCCAUGACGAAUGCCUUUUCGACGGCUGUCAUCCCCGCAGCAUUUAUCGUGGGCACGCUCAUGGCGGCUUCCAGUGCGGGGACAUCGACGGCGCUCACUCGCGCCACGGCCAGUGUGGUGGUGAAAGGAAUGGUGAUUGAUUCGGCCGCGUUGGCCGCAGGUUCCGUCACGGCGAAUCGAGCGGCAUAUAUUGCCGAUAGACUCAUUGAAAAGCACCCCGAAAACUUUGCUGUCAAAUCGGGUAUGCUCAUGCCCGGUAAUCGAUUCGUCGUGAUUCGUGGAGGUAUCGAAGAGCCAUUGACCAUUACGUGCAUCAAGGAACAAAAGUUUCGAAAAAUUCCCAUCGUGGGAGAUGUCAAGGCACCCAUGGAUACCCUCGUGGAUAAGAUGAACUACUACACGCCAUCGAUGUUCCUAUCCGCCUCCGCCAAGUCAGGCAACAUUAAUGAGGACGAAAUCAAAGCUAUAGCACCAAAACCAGAACAGGCACAGGCACCGGCAUUGACGGAAGCUUCCAAGAAAGGUACAGCCCCGACGACAAUCACCACGGAAGAAGGCUUGACAGAGCAAGAAGAUGAGGAACUCAUGCAUGCCAUUGCGGAAUCCCUCAAAAUGGAAGAAGAGCGAAAACAAAAGGAGCAAGAAUUCAACAAGCAAAUGAAAUCUCAAGGAUCGCCUUGUCUGUGCUUUUGCGGCUAA